UUGGGCCAGGCUAAACGAGCAGGGUUUUAUCAUCUGAUAUCUUCACAUCAUCUGAUAACUUCACCUUAUUUAAAAAAAAAAAUGAAUCUGUUAAAUAGUGUGUCUUUGUAACUGAGAAAAUCUUUAUGCUUUGAAAGUAAGAAGUCAUACUUCCGUCCUAACAAACACACAGAUUAGUACGAUACCAGAUUUACUCAUAUUAACAAUGAAAUUGUCACUUAACGUUGUGAAACUAAGCCUGGGUGAAAUUAAAUGGAUUUGUUCUUAGAUGCAAAUCUAAAAGUUGUGAUUGUUUACAGAUAUCUUCAGAAAGGGCUCUUGGACACUUUCAUGUCUGUGGUCAGGAUGCCCCGGUCAGCUGCGUCCCGGAAGUCAGCAGCAGGGCGUCCGGAACCAGACUCAGAACCAGAGGAGCUGCUCUCAGGCCGUUUCACUCAGUCACAAUGGACAGAGAUGCCGGAAUAUGAGGAGGCAGAGGAGGCAGUAGCAGAAUUCAUGGAGAUAUUACUCGACAAGGUCAUGGAUGGGUGUUUCAGAGCAGUAAUCAGACAACAGCUGUGCUCAUAUACUACAAACUGGAUGAAGAAGCACCUGGUGCAGAUUGUGGAGCAGCAUUUUCUGUGCAGAGAUGAGGGAGAUGGAGCUGAGGAGGUUCUGCCUGAGGACUCUGAGCCUCCUCCAGCUGAAACAGAUGCCUGGGCCCAGGGUUGUGUACCGAUAGUGAUCCCCUCUACUCCACUGCGACCCAUCUCACCAAAGGUAUGGCCACAGCAACAAAUCUUCUCCUGGAAUAAUGUUAGGAUGUUUCAUUUGGCAGACAUGUUUCAUGGAAAAUUAUUUAUUUAA